GCUCCUAACUUUAUUGAAUUUCUAGUCCCAUCUGCGGCUGCCUUGACAGGGCCAGAACUUACACGGCCCUUGGGCAGGAUGUUCCGCACCCCGGACCCAGAGGCUUGUUCCCACAGAGGAGGGGCUGGAGGAUGAUGCUCAGGAAAAGAGAAGUUCACGAAAAUGGGUGUGAUACAAAGCCCAGCCUCUGGGGCCACAGAAAGGUGUUUCCUUCCCUUAUUUCCCUGCAUUUCUCCUCUGUGCUCAUUGUCACAGGGACACACGCCUGCCCUGCUCAGUUACAGGGUGAACGUGUCUCUGCUGAUCUGAUCCCCACAGGAACCCACGUCUUCCUGAAGCAUCUCCAGGGCCUGACAACGUCCGAGGCUGCUGAUGUGACAUCCCCGUGACCAGCCGGCUCGGACUCCAAGGGACCACAACCUGUGCGUCUGACUCUCUGUCCUGCAUGUCUGUCUGUCCAACCUUCUGGCACCGUGGUCCCCUCGUCUGCUCAGCUGACCCCGGAGGAACAGGACGUCAUGACCCCCAUACUCACCGCCCUGCUCUGCCUGGGGCUGAGCGUGGGCCUGAGGACCAGAGUGCAGGCAGGGACACCCCCCAAACCUACCCUCCAGGCUGAGCCUGGAUCUGUGAUCCCCUGGGGGAGCCCCGUGAACAUCACAUGUCAGGGGACUCUGGGGGCUGAGGAGUACCAUCUGGAUAAAGAGGGAAACACACCUCCAUGGAAAACACAGAAGCCACCGAACCCUGGAGACAAAGCCAUGUUCUCCAUCACACGGACGACAGACAAUGAUGCAGGGAGAUAUCGCUGUUACUAUCGCAGCCCCUCUGGCUGGUCAGAGAGCAGUGACCCCCUGGAGCUGGUGGUGACAGGACCCUAUAGAAAACCCAGCCUCUCAGCCCUGCCCAGCCCUGUCGUGACCUCAGGAGGGAACGUGACCCUCCAGUGUGGCUCAGGGCAGGGAUUUGACAGGUUCAUCCUGACUAAGGAAGGAGAACACAGGCUCUCCUGGACCCUGGACUCACAACAACACAUCAGAGGACAAUCCCAGGCCCUGUUCCCUGUGGGCCCGGUGACCCCCAACCUCUGGUGGACGUUCAGAUGCUAUGGCUGUUACAGGAACAGCACUCAGGUGUGGUCACAGCCCAGUGACCCCCUGGAGCUUCUGGUCCCAGGUGUGUCUGGGAAGCCCUCCCUCCUGGCCCAGCAGGGCCCCAUCGUGGCCUCUGGACAGAACCUGACCCUCCGGUGUCGCUCUGAUGUCGGCUAUGACAGAUUCGCUCUGUCCAAGGAGGGGGGACAGGACCUCCCCCAGAGCCUUGUCCUGCAGCCCCAGGCUGGGCUCUCUCAGGCCGACUUCUCCCUGGACACUGUGAGCACCUCCCACGGGGGCAGGUACAGAUGCUACGGUGGACACAACCUCUCCUCCGAGUGGUCAGCCCCCAGUGACCCCCUGGACAUCCUGGUGGCAGGACAGCUCUCUGACAGACCCUCCCUCACGGUGCAGCCGGGCACCACAGUGACCUCAGGAGAGAAGGUGACCUUGCUGUGUCAGUCACAGACCCUGAAGGACACUUUCCUUCUGUCCAAGGAGGGGGCAGCGGAUCCCCCCCUGCGUCUUCCAUCACAUCACCGAGCUCAGCAGUUCCAGGCAGAGUUCUCCAUGAGUCCUGUGACCUCCGCCCACGGGGGCACCUACAGGUGCUACAGCUCACUCAGCACCGCCCCCUACCUGCUGUCACACCCCAGUGAGCCCCUGGAGCUGCGGGUCUCAGCCUCCCACCCCCUAGACUACACAGUGGAGAAUCUCAUCCGGUUGGGCGUGGCUGGCUUGAUCCUGGUGGUGCUCGGAGUGCUGCUGUUUCAGGCCCAAAACUGCCAGACAAGUAUUCACCAGGAGACCGGGGUGUAAACACAGGAGGAAACAACACACCUUCAGAGAGGGUUGCCUUGGAAAUGAAUCUCAUGUGCCCAGAAGGCUCUGGAAGAGAAUCUGGGACCUAUGCGGUGUGACCUGUGUGCAGCUCACUGCAGUAGGAGCAGUCAUUGUCCACGUGCAGGGAGAAUGUCUGGGAUCUUUUCUAUUAAACUGUGUACACUGCCUUCCCCACCAUUGCUGAGUCCAGUGAUGGGUCCUGAUUUUCUCCAUUACGGGAAAAUGGACAUUUAUCUCACUUGGCCCAUUUGGGUCCAAACCUUCCUAAACUUUUAUGGAAUAGGGUUUUCUUGAUUUCUAACAACACAAACCUUGAUGGACUGACAGUUUCCAUCUGCUGAGUUCAGAGCCAUUUAUUCUAAUCAAUCUAUAGGUGGCAUAACCAAUAUCCAUCCCACAGGAGAUAAAUCAAAACGUUGUCCGAGUGCCCUCUCUGGACUCCACCCACCCUGCACUUUCCCUCAGAUGCCACCUGUGUACUUUCCCCAGAAAUCUGAUCUCUUGGAAUCAAGAUGUUACUGUUUGAACGGCUCCCCUGGGCUGUGCUGCCUCUGUAACCUGUUGUUGUAAACACAAUGCAACGUACUGAUGUGUGUUAUAGAGUGCACACCUCACACCUGUAGAAAUCUAUUAUCCAAUAGCAUUCCAAUAAAGUUAAUGAGCACAACACCGGUUCCUGGCAUUUGUGUUUCUCUGGUAUAUAUGGUUCUUUCAUGGCCAACUUCAAGGUGUUCAUGUUGUUACCAGACAGGGUG